AUGUGGUACAUAUUGAAGAAGCCAAUUCCUAAACCACCGUUGCCUUCACUGGAACAUACAUUGAAGCGUUAUCAAGAAUAUGCAUCGGUGGUAGCUCGCAAUGAUCCUGAUAAAUUAUUGUAUACAAAAAAAGCAAUAUCCGAAUUUCUACAGUACGGCACUAGUAUACAAAAAAAACUUGAAAAAAUUGCAAAUGAAGAAGAUAAUUGGAUCAAUCAAUUUUGGUUACCAGAAAUGUAUUUAAAAGUGAGACUUCCACUUCCGUUGAAUUCCAGUCCAGCAUAUAUCUUUCCACAACAAAAUUUUAAUGAUAUAAAUGAGCAGAUAAGUUAUGCAUCUUGGCUUAUUUGCGGAUUCUGUAAUUAUAAGGAUUUAAUUGACAGAAAAUUAAUAACUCGAGAAAUUUCAACGGGACGUCACAAAGUUUUCAUGUGUAUGGAACAAUACGAUCGGAUUUUACGAUGUUAUCGUGAGCCAAGCAGUCCAAUAGAUAUUCAACAUUAUAAGCCUAAUGAGAUAAAUGCUGAAAAUAGUGAUUGGGAUGAGCACAUCCUCGCAAUGUGUAACAAUAAGACAUUUAUUGUGCUUACACGAUUGUCUGGCACUUUAUUGUCACAAGCUCAAAUAGCAAAACAAUUAGAAAAAGUGGUGGAGAUGAGCAAAAUUCAAAAUGACACAAAUCUCAUACCAAUAGCUGGAGGAAGUGUUGGUGAUCGAGAUGAUGCAGCUAAAUUUUGGAAUAUUAUGAAUGAAGUUGAACAAAAUCAAGAAUCUUUAAAAUGGAUUCGAUCUGCAUCAUUUGGUAUCUGCAUUGAUAUUCAUAACAAAACAAAAUGGUCAAGAAACUAUGAGCGCAAUUUAGCUCAUCGUGGAAUGCAUAUGUUACAUGGUUUUGGUAGUAAAGGCAUGGGUUUGAAUCGGUGGUAUGAUAUAACAGUACAAAUUGUUGUUUCGAGUAACGGAACAAACGGUUUAUGCAUUGAGCAUUCGGUUGCAGAAGGAAUUGUUAUUAUAAAUAUGGCAGAAUAUGCUUUGCAAUUUGUAAAACGUAAUAGCGGACUGAAACUUAGCGAUGAUACAGUACAUGACAUAACACCAAUGCAGCUACACUUAGCUAACGAUUUAAAUUUACAAGUAUUAAUAUUUAAUGGAUUUGGAAAAGAAUUUAUCAAAUCAUGCAAUAUUAGUCCAGAUGGAUUCGUUCAAUUGACGAUGCAACUUGCUUACUAUAGACAGUAUGGACACUUAGUUUCCACUUAUGAAAGUGCGUCAAUUCGGCGAUUUCGUAGCGGUCGUGUAGAUAAUAUUCGUGCUGCAACACCAGAAGCAUUGCGAUGGGUGCAGGCUAUGCUUGAUGAAAGCAAAACACGGGUUUUACUUUCAAUUUUGGCUUCAAGUUUUAUUUCCUUUAAGAUAAUUCAUUUGGAAGCAAAAACUGAACUAGAAGUAUUGUUCAGCUCAGAUAUCUUAGUCAGUAUGUUGCAGGAAGAAAAAUGGGAACUUUUUACGCAAGCGGUCAAGAAACAAGCUGAAGUUACACUUGAAAACAUCACGGGUUAUGGUAUUGAUAACCAUUUAUGCGCACUUCAGCUGCUUGCCACGGAUGAUGUGAAACAAGGAUUAUUACCAAAAAUGCCUAAAAUUUUUUUAGAUCCAAUAUGGACAGAGACUAUGCGAUUUCCAUUAUCGACUAGUCAAGUCACCACAAGUACUUCUAUCAAGGAUACUUACCUUUGUUAUGGACCUGUAGUUAAGGAUGGUUAUGGUUGCUCUUAUAAUAUUCAACCCAACUCUAUUAUUUUUGCGCCAUCAUCAUUCAAAAGUUGUCCUGUAACUAAUGCUGGGAAAUUCAAGCAAUCAUUAGUUGAUUCAUUGAAUGAAAUUCAAGCAAUGAUAACACAUUAA